UUCUGUUCAUGUUCAAAUUCUGAUAUUUGAAUGUCAAUUGGUUUUGCAGAAAAUGGAUUUUCUUGGAAUUUUUAUUGUAUCUUCUCUUGCCAUGUUGAAGACAACUCAUGGACUUGGAGGCGGAUGGUCCAAUGCUCACGCUACCUUCUACGGAGGCGGCGAUGCAUCCGGAACAAUGGGUGGAGCAUGUGGCUAUGGGAAUCUUUACGGCCAAGGUUAUGGCACAAACACCGCUGCAUUGAGCACUGCUCUAUUCAACAAAGGGCUUACUUGUGGGGCGUGCUUCGAGAUCAAGUGUGUUAGUGACAAUAGAUGGUGUCUCCCGGGCUCCAUUAUAGUAACAGCAACGAACUUCUGCCCUCCAUACAACGCUCUCCAGAAUAAUGCAGGCGGCUGGUGUAACCCUCCGCUACGACAUUUCGAUCUUUCACAACCUGUUUUCCAACAUAUAGCUCACUAUAAAGCUGGAAUAGUUCCUGUUGCAUACAGAAGGGUUGCUUGUAAGAAAUCCGGUGGGAUAAGGUUUACCAUAAAUGGACAUCCAUACUUCAACCUUGUGCUGAUAACCAAUGUCGGAGGUGCCGGAGAUGUGGUGUCCGUCUCCAUUAAAGGGUCUAAAACCGGUUGGCAAGUGAUGUCUCGCAAUUGGGGCCAAAACUGGCAAAGCAAUGCCUACAUGAAUGGUCAAGCACUCUCUUUCAAGGUCACAACGAGCGAUGGCCGCACGGUCAUCUCCGAUAACGUGGCUCCUACGAAUUGGGUGUUCGGCCAAACUUUCACAGGAGGGCAAUUCUAAUAGUUCCCAUCUUCACCUUCAAAACUAACCAAAAAACAGAUGAAAAAUUGGAGUCAUUUCAUCCCAAACAUGACCAAGCCCCUAAGGCUACAAGCAACCAUUAACCAAAUAGUUUUAGUUUAAUAGUUAGUUAUAUCUGAUAUAAGCUAUAGGUUUGUA